AUGGUAAAUGCCAUUCAUACUAAUGGAUUAUUAGAAAAGAUGCUGUCCAAAAGAGCAAUCUUUAUUAUGGGAGGAGGUGAAGGUUCUACUGCAAGAGAAAUACUCAGACACAGGACUGUUGAAAAGGUUUAAUUUUGUAAUUUGAUGGAGGCAAGGAAUGUGGUUGACUUCUGUAAGGCAUAUUUGGUUUUGAAUAGAGAAGCUUUUUUUGCGACCAAAAGACUAGAGAUUAUCAUAAAUGAUGCCAGAACUGAGCAGAGCAGGAAAGAAUGCUAUGAUCUUAUCAUUGGAGACUUGGGACCAAUCGAAGGAGGCCCAUGUUACAAGCUCUACACCAAAUCCUCUAUGAGUUCAACUGUUAACCCAAACUCAAUAGAAGGCUGGCAUUUUUGUCCAAGGUUCCCUGCUUCUGCCCAUUUGGUGCUGAGCGCUGAUGAAUUAGCCCUCAGAAUAAAACAGAAGAUCAAAGGGGAAAACAGAUAUCUUGAUGAAACAUGUCUCUCAUCCUCUACCUUGAGCAAAGCUUGUCGCGAAAAACUCGUAAAUAACCCUUUGAUCUCAUCUUAA